UGAGGUCAUACAUAGAAGGUUGGUGCUCGCAAUGGGUAAUAAUCUAUGUGGUUCACACCGAGUAUGUUACGAAACGCGUGCGUACGUCUCGAUGGGUACAAGCUCGCGACUCAUGCUCGAGCCCCGCGCUUUAUCUAUACACUUGAUGUUUCCGGACUUGAUAGAGGCCGUGAUGCUAAUAAACAGUCGCUCUGUUAUCUGCUUACCGCUCACUGGCGCAGUUGGUAUCCCGUGUCCUUAGGUUUGUGCGCUGAAUUCAAAUGAAAGGAGAAUCAGAUGUACAAACAGAAUAACCGACACACAAGAGCCACACAG